AUGCCUGUAAUCAUGGAAAAUGAAUCGGACUAUUUGGCAAAAUGGUUAGACCCUAAUAUUCAUUGGGAUUCUGAACUGGAGAAACUUUUAGAACCUUAUGACGGGGAUUAUCCUGUGUCUCAGGAUGUAGGAAAUGCAAGCAAUGACGAUCCGAGUCUAAUAAAUCCUGUUAAAAGAGCCGAUAUAACUAACUUCUUUCCGGUAAAAAAUGAUGAAUCAAAAGAUGCAAAUAUAUCAAGCUCGAAGCAGAUGGUUAAACAAGAUGAUGGUGACGAUGUAAAAGGAUCAACAUCUAUCAUUUCAAUUAUACCAGUUAGGCGUCCGUUGGAUGAAUCGAAAAAUAAUAUAGAAAGAGACGAAUUUUUAUUAAAUGAAGAAAGUCAUCUAAAGCGAUUAUGUGCGCUUCCUCAUUCACUUCCCGCUGAAAAUCUAUCAAAUAACGGGGCUUCAAGUACAGAACAAUUACAAACAUCAUUGCCAAACACAAUUUCUAGAAAAAAGUCCACAUUAAAUUUUAUAGUACAGAAGCCGAAGUCACUUGAUAUGAAAAAUACGACAAAGACAACUAAUGUAUUCCCUCCGAAAGAUAAAUUUUUCAAAAAGAAACCGAAAGCAAAAAACAAGGCGGAUGGAACUGCAAAAAUUACUAACUACUUUUUAAAAUAG